GUCACAGCGGCAGCCAGUGCGAAUGGACUUUCAGCCUGUGCGACAGCAGCGGUAUAGCACACUUGCGCAGUCUCAAAAGGACUAUAGCGAGAGCAAAUACUGGCGAAAGUUCAAGGAUCCCAUCUUUAUCAAGUCAUACGCCGCGGUCAACCAUGUGCACAUCUCUCCCACGGCCCCCCAUCGAUAUGCGGUCACGACGGGCACUCGCGUGCAAAUAUACAGCCCGAAGACGGCGCGUGUAGUCAAGACAAUCAACAGGUUCAAAGAUACUGCUCGCUGCGGCACGAUCAGAGAUGACGGCAAGCUCGUCAUUGCCGGUGAUGAUGGUGGACUCAUACAAGUCUUUGAUAUCAAUUCGCGCGCGAUAUUGCGGACGAUUCGAGACCACAAGCAACCUGUACAUACGACCCAUUUCUCUCCGGGUACGGCUACGUCCAUUCUGUCCACUUCAGACGACACGACGGUUCGGUUGUUCGACCUAAGUACCAGCGACGAGACAUCUUUCUUCGACACUCACACGGAUUACGUCCGGACGGGCUGCUUUCUGCCUUCUAAUCCCUCGCUGGUCUUGUCUGGCUCCUAUGAUCGUACCAUCAAGCUGUGGGAUAGCAGGGCAGGCGAAGGACAAUCACAAGCCAUGUCACUCGAUCACGGUUUCCCCGUCGAGAGCGUCAUCGUUCAUCCUAGCGGCACGAUCGCCUUAUCCGCAGGAGGGCCCGUCAUCAAAGUGUGGGAUCUGGUCAGCGGCAGUCCAAAGUGUCUCAGGGCAAUGUCGAAUCAUCAAAAGACCAUCACAUCGCUCGCUUGGGACGGGGAGUACAGACGCGUCCUCAGUGCCGGUCUAGAUGGACUUGUGAAGGUCUACGAGGGGGCCGAAAAGAACUGGCGCGUUGGUCAUACAAUGCGCUAUGGCGGACAGAUCCUCAGCCUGGCGUUGUCGCCUACUGACACGCAACUCAUUGUAGGCGCAGCAGACGGCGCGCUGACAAUCCGCAAACGAGCUGCAACAGCGACCGAGCUAGCGCAACGAGCAGCGAAUAAGCUAGCGUCUCGCACAGUCGCCAACGAUGCAAGAUUAGCCGGGCGAGCGCAGACAGGGAUACAUAGCGGACCAGAUGCUCAGCAGGGACUCGAUGUCUUCAGGCCAAAGGCCGACGGCGACAACAAAGAGAUCAAAGUGACAAGCAAGAAGAGGAGGAAACUCGCAGAAUGGGACAGAGCGCUCAAGUCGUUCAGGUAUGCCGACGCAUUAGAUGCUGUUCUCGUCCCGAAUGUUGACCCUGCUCUGACGUUUGCGCUGCUGCUCGAGCUCAUACAUCGAGAAGCGCUGCCUAUUGCGCUAUCAGCCCGAGACGAGUUCUCGCUCGAGCCGAUAUUACGCUUCCUUAUCAAGAACACGACCGAUCCUCGCUUUGGCGUCAUCGCGUGCGACGUCGCCAACACACUCAUAGAUCUGUAUCAGAGUGUCGUAGGACAGUCCAGCUUGACUGACGAUCUCUUUGCGAAAUUGCGAAGGACACUGACGGAAGAACUUGCGUUUCAAGAGAAGCUCAUUGGCGUACGCGGCGCUCUCGAGAUGGUCUUCAACAGCGCAUCGCUAUCUGUAUGAAUAUCUGUUGUUGCAUGAACACCGUGAUCUCGUUGUCGAUA